ACCCUAAACGAUGCUCCGUCUCUUUCCAGCUCGUGCGUCUCUCCCUUUCCCGCUCUUUGAAAGUUUACGAUCGCAGCGUCCAUCUUUGCUGAAAUCGCAGCGCCGCGCGUUCGCCAUUGGCUAACCGCCGUGUCGCCACCGUCGCCGCCGCCAUUAUAGAUUCCGUUGUGUGUGACCGAGUCCCGCUCUCUGCACUUUUCCGCGAAAAAGUCCGUUCUCGCCUCGACGCCAAACGCGAUACACGUUGACAAAGAUCGUCGAACGAACGAGCCGUGCGUUAAAAUGAAAACGUACAGCCGGAAAAAAGGCGAUAGCUCGAGCAACGUGAUCAUUCAUGUAAACGAGCUGUGCCGACUGUGCCUGGCAAAGGAGGAGGAGAUGGUGCCGAUUUACGUCGACGAAACUGUACCCUUAUCUCUUCGAAUAAUGGCCUGCGUUAAUUUGGAGGUUUUCGAAGAAGAUGGUCUACCAAACAUGAUUUGUCAUCCGUGCAAGUAUCAAUUGGAAAAGUCUUAUCAGUUCAAGAAAAAAUGCGAGGCCGCUGACGCCAAACUUCGGAAGCACAUGAAACUGAUACAACAAUUAACUGGCCAAGACGGGGAAGGAGAGAACCAAGACAAUAACAGGGAAGAAUUGAAAGAUACCUCCAACACCGGUAAAUCUAAACAGGUUAAACAACUAUUGGCAGAUUUGGUGUCGAUAAAAGAUGACAGUGGACAAACGGAUGGUGACCCUAUCGAAGUUACGGAGGAGGAGCUUGUCGGUGGUUACAUUUUAGGGAUGAAUUCUGAGAACGUGGAAAUGGAAGAAACUAUGGCGGUGGAUCCAGAAAACAUUACGCUAGUGCCAGCCGAAGAACGUACUGCUAAAGCACGUUGCACGAUACGCACAACACGUAUCAAACAAGAACAAGACACGGACGAAGAAGCGGAAGAGAUACACAGGGCAAUCGCGAACGCAGACUUGAAAAACGUUUACAUGAUGGAACUGAAGAGCAACAGUUCCGGGCAAGGAGAAUCAUUGAAAUUGCAACCGAUCGCAGAUACAAUAGUCGAGGCUAACGAAGAACUGAAGGUGUUCCAAUGCGACAAAUGUCCAAAAGCGUUCACCAGAAGAAUAAUGUUGAAAAGUCAUCAGUCGGUUCACUCGACGCAAAGAGGUUUCACGUGUCAGGCUUGCGAGAAAUGGUUCCCCACGAGGUCAGCUUUAGUGAGACACGAACGUACUCAUACAGGCGAGAAACCAUUCGGUUGCAACAUUUGUCAUCGUGCGUUUGCACAGAAAGAAAUUCUGCUUCGUCAUCUGAUGACGCACUCCGGGCAGAAACCAUUUCAAUGCCAGCAUUGCGAAAAGAGCUUCACUCAACGCGAGGCUCUGAAAGUACAUAUGCGAAGACAUCAGAAAUUGGACCCGAACGAUAUCCAAUUGCACCAUUGUCAACUCUGCCCGAAAGCUUUCUGCCACGCGUCUGGGCUCAGUAGACAUUUGGUUACACAUACCGGGAGAACGUACAAGUGCGUGGAGUGUGAAAAAUCUUUCACUGAUAAGAGUUCGCUAUUGAGGCACAGUCGCAUUCACGCACCUAAAAAGAUAGUAACGAAUUAAGUUCAUUCGGUAAACUCUAGAUCGGAAUCGCAAUAUCGACGCUAAAUAAACACUCGCGAAAUACGUUUCUCGAUGUUUAAUUGUUAACACGUUCGCUGCUCGUGAUCGUAUUCUUUUUCGAAGAAAAUUACACAGAUAUAGAUUUAACAGUAAUAUGUUCAAACGUUUCGGGGCCCAUUCUAUCAGAUUUCUACGUCUCAAAGUAAAUUUAUUAUGUGCGGUGUACCAUUCUUCCACGAGAGAAGCGUGUUUACGUCCUCGCUCCUGUUGCAGUCCGCUGACUCACUGGUAUUGGUCGAGAACGAUCGGUCACAGCCAAUCAACGGACUGCAGCAAGAGUGGGGAUGCAAUGCACGCUUCUUCUCGUGGAAGGACGAUGAACACAUCGCUGAAACAAGAGGAAUGCAAAAGAAAAUUUUUUCACUUUCGAGAAGAUCGUUUAUGUAUAAUUUUCAGAUAGGACCAAGGAAUGAAACUAAAGAAACUAUAACAAUUUAAAAACAACAACAGCGAACGCGUUAAGCGUGUGAUAUACAUUUUUUAAUUUUUUUUAUCUAAUUUAUAACAUAUCGUAUUCAACGAUAAUCAUGCACUAACAGUUUGUUCAACAAU